GAGGUAUUCUUACAUAGCCAAUUCUAUCAUCUUCUACUUAGCUCAGUUUAUUUUUUAGGGUUUCGUUUUCUUUUUCCUUCUCCAAAUGGCUUCUUCUGAUGCCGAGUACAGAUGUUUCGUCGGAGGGCUCGCAUGGGCCACCGACAGCAAGUCUCUCGAGGACGCUUUCUCUACCUUUGGCGAUAUCGUUGAAUCGAAGAUCAUCAAUGAUCGUGAGACCGGAAGGUCAAGGGGAUUUGGAUUCGUCACUUUCAAUAACGAAAAGGCGAUGAGAGAUGCCAUCGAGGGCAUGAACGGCCAAGAUCUUGAUGGACGUAACAUCACCGUAAACGAGGCCCAAUCACGCGGAAGCGGGGGCGGCGGCGGCGGCGGUUACAGCCGCGGAGGUGGCGGUGGAGGUUACGGAGGCGGUGGUGGCUACAGCCGCGGCGGCGGUGGAGGUGGAUACGGUGGUGGUGCCCGACGUGAGGGAGGCGGAUACGGUGGUGAUGGUGGCGGCUAUGGUGGCCGACGUGAAGGUGGUGGCUACGGAGAUGGUGGGGGCUCUCGGUACUCCAGCAGAGCAAGUGGUGGUGGUGCCGCUGAAGGCAACUGGAGAAGUUAGAUUUUAGAGUUUUGUGCUACUCUUGUUGAGUUAGGGUUUGGGGUUGGAAACGUUUGUGUUUUUGUUCUGUUUGGUUCGCUCUAUUUUUGAUCGAUGGGUCCUAUGUUGCUGCUCGUUGAAAAUAGAUGUUCUAUCUCGUUACUUUGUUUCAUGAAAUAUUAACGGCUUUUUCUUCACUAUAA